GGCCAGGAGGCUGAGGUUGAGCGGGGAGCCCACGAUCUCCAGCAGCAAGCCGCCCCCCUCGCCUGCCGCCGACUCCUCGCCGCCCACCGCCACCUCCUCACGGGCCAUCGGGCUGAGCUGCGCUCGGACGCGGCGGUUUCUGAAGAGCGGGGCGGCAGUACCGGCGGGAAGGAGGAGCCCCGCACCGCCCCGGCGCCCUGAAGGGGCGUCCCGGCCGUAUGAGGCGGGGCUGAGCGGCGGGAAGGGCGGAAGGUGGGAGAAGGAUGAGGCGCGGCUGCCACCCUCAGUCGGUGCGGGCUCGGUGCCUGCCGGUUCCCAAGCCGCUUCCGACGGUAGAUGGUGGUGUGAGCCCGGCCAUGGCGAGGGCUGCCUGGGGACCGGCGAAGCUGAGGCGAAGGAGGCUGCAGGGAGGGCGGCAGCGGCCGCCAUUCACCGCCGAGGAGGCAUCAGUGACUAUAUCAUGGCUACUGGGCCAACAGCAGUCACAAUGUCACCUGGAACAGGAGGGACAGCUGAAGAGUGCACAGGAAAGAAAAAAUCCAAAUUUCAGACUUUCAAGAACUUCUUUGCCAAGAAGAAAAGGAAAGAGCCUCCACCUCCCAGGGGGGAGAGUAAUUUAAAACCAAGCCAGUCCAGCAGCGAUGUCAGCAUCUCUGUGCUUGACACUACUGCACUUCAUUCACAGAAGGAGGUUGGGCCCAAAGGAAGCAUGGGAAACAAAGCCCUGUCCCAUGACAGUGUCUUCAUUUUUGAGUCUGCAGCAGGGAACCUGGCAGGCAACAUGUUACCUCAGGAAAACAUACCUGGGAGAGUGAAAACUUUGCAGCUUCAGUUGCAGCAAAACAUCAGACUUGGAUCACCUCCUCUUCUUAUAACUGGAAAGAAACUGGAAGAUGCAGGUGCUGUUUCUGAAGAUGAUGGUUUACCUAGAAGCCCUCCUGAAAUUUCAACCCUUCAUGAAGUUCUGACAGAUUCACCAAGCAAGUCUUCCAACCCUGUUCAGCGUCAUAGCUCUUUGAGUUUAGGCGGGACAGACAGUGAAGAUGAACAGAUUCCUUCUGGAGCUUCCUCCAGGCUCAUCAGUCCUGCAUCCCCUGCCACCCUGGCAGCCCCCAGCUCACGAGGCAGCAGCUUCCUUCCCAUUGACUUCACCAUCCCUGCCAGUCCCCUGGGCUGCCUGGACACCUCAGCAGCCAGGCACAGGAUUGCUGUAAACCCCAGGAAGCAGAAAGGCUUUACCAACAAAAAUCAGCAAACCCCCCAGGUGGAGCAGCUGGAAAAUGAAGCAUGCCUUCCUGCAACUCCAGAAAAGAAGGGAAAUUCAAUAGAAUUACUUGAGAGUGACCAACAUAAAAGUGAUUGGGAAGGAUUGUCAGCCCAGGCAGGACAUUGUGCAAAGGGAGGCAGUUCUAAGGAGUCACCAGGUAUAAAAAGUCCCACUGCUGCUGCCUGUGAUCCUUGUGAUUCCACGCUUGUGGCAGAAGAUCCUUGUGCUUUGCUACAAGAGCAUUCAGGCCCUCCAGACAGGGACCACCACCAUAAAGCAUCUGCAUCCCUUCUGAUUCCUGAGCCUUCCUCAGUGAACCUGGAGGAGCACCACAGUGCAGAAGUGUCAUCCUUUUCAGAUGAGUCUGCUAAUGAAUUGAGAUUACGUCAGCAAAAUGCCUACAGUGAAAUAUCUGCACUUCCAAAAUUGCAAAAAAUUGAAGGAGAAGCAGUUGUGUUUCCAGACAUUCCAGAAGCUGACCUGUUUAGCAGUGGUGUGGAAAAAGAAGGUGUGGAUACUCUGGCAGAUGUUACACAAAGGUCCUCAGUAAAUUCUGUGGAUUCAAACAUCAAAGACCAGGAAAAGAGGGAUCCACUGUUUGUUGGCAGAGUAGAGGCCUGCUUGGGUAUUACUGAGAAUCAUUCCAACCACACUGUCUCAGGUACUGGAUCAAGCACUUCACAGGUUGCAAUAGCCAAUUCAGAGUCAUCUUCUGACAUCAAGAAAGUGACUGUUUUGAAGGCUGAAAACAGAUCACUAACAAGAAAUGACAAAGAAACUUGUGGAAGAAUGGAAUUUCAGUCAGCAAAAGACAAUGCAGAAAAAAAAAUAGAGAGUGCUGCAUCUUUCUCAGAAGCAGGUUGCAUGUUGCCUCCCAGUGAGAUGGAAGCAUGUUUGAAAGCAGAAAAUGUUUCUGUUUCAAAGGGUAACCAAGGCAGUCAGCAGGCCAGCACAUCACGCAUCUCUGAAAAACUUCCCACUGGAUGUCUUGCCUCUUCAGAUUUGGGUGCCUUGAAAAGUAGCACCUCUUCUGAUGGUGACAGUAAGGCGUACCAGCUGAGCAGUGCAGCUUCUCACAGAAAAGCCCUGGAAGGCAGUCGACCUUCAGAUGAAAGUGUAAGAAAUCCACUGAAAACUGCUGCUGCCAAACCAGUCAGGUUUACAAUUGCACCUGCAUGGCAAAGGUCUCUCUCAGGGGGUUCAAAUUCCAAGGAAGAUUUGUAUAUCAGAAGCUCCCCAACGUCCCCUAUAAGACCAGAGCUGUUUGAAGGAACCACAAAAGAACACACAGGUCUUGAUGCAGUUGUCCAGGAAUCAGGGAAAACCAUCUCAGUUGGGUUUGAUCGAGAUUGCAAGGACACUGAUUUGCAUUUGAAUUCUUCUGUGGAGUGGACUGACCAUGAAGCACAAAAUGUUGAAAACCCAUUUGGGAUCAGACUAAGGAGAACAUCAUCUUUACUAAAAUACCAGACUGAGAGCCGUGCUGAGUCUCCAAAGCUGAUCCCCUCAGCUGUUCCCACUGCUUCCUCUGCUUCAGUCAAGGAGGAGCAGAAACUGGUGGGCACUGGAAAACCCACUCCAGGCCUUCCUGUCAGCAUAAAAUCAUUUGUUAAAAAACCAGACCUCUCAGGAGACAAAAAUCCUCCCAAGACAAGAGCAGAAGAAGUGGUAAAGAAGCCAAAUGGUCAUAAACCUUCAGAAAAUAUCUCUUCUCCACAUUUGGGCACUGCUUCAUCUGAACCAGCGUGGGUCUCCAUGGCAAAACUAAAACAAAAGGGUUUCCAGGUCCACCCUCUUGCCAAAGAACAUAAAGCUGAAGAUAAAACUUUGACCAAAGUGACUCAAGAGGAGCCAGGCAUCUGUGCUAGUGAAAGCAUCCUGAAGAAAAAUAUGCCUUCCAGCUUGAGCUCUCAGGACAAGAAAAUGCAAAUGAAGAUCAGUGUGUCUGUUGAAACAGGCAAAGUUGGACCUUUUGCUCAGGAAGCAUCUGUGAUUCCUGCUGCUGAAAAGGAAGCAAGACACUCCUGUAAUCUGCCAAUGACUCCAUGCAGCCCUUCUGAACCCCCGUGGCUGUCCCUGGCCAAGAAGAAAGCCAAAGCAUGGAGUGAAAUGCCCCAGAUUGUACAAUAACAAAUGACACGAGCAUCCCUCCUUGUAUUGCCAAUAGCUGUGUUAACUCCCUUUAAUCACUUCUUUACUGUGGUGAUUUUUUUUUUUUUUUUGUUGAGAACUAAGAGUCUUAAGACUUUUGAUCAGACUGUUGUGUGUAAAUACACAAUGAAGAAAUGCCACCCCAGGCUGAAUUUGAAGUAUUUGGAUGUUGAGCAUUUCCUACUACCAAAUGGAAGGAAGACUUGACCACUUGGUUACAUCCUCACACAUUUUACAGUGAUGUUCUAAGAAGACAUGCUUCAGGCUUUUGAAACCUUUCCCUUCCAAAAAAUGUUUUUAAAGUUUCCAAUGACUGUACAGUAUUUUCUGCAGUGUGGCUUUGGCUCAGAAAUGAGUGUAUGCUACAAAAUAGAUGUACUGCUGGAUGCUGACACAUCGUGACUCAUGGGCAUUGAUGUCAUCAAACCUCUUUCCCUAAUGCUCUGGGAUGAGCAGUCUGACUUUGCUUCUGAUUGUUAAUGGAUCUGUUUUGUGAUAGUUGUAAGAUCUGAACAGCAUUGUGAGUUGGAGGAAUUCUGGCUUCUGGGUGGUUUGAAGUCACAAUGCUGUGGGUCUUGUGCUUUCUCAUUGAUGGCUGCUGGAAUGGCCCAGGGACACAGACAGAACACAGACUGUUCUGUCCCAUGCAUCAGGAAACUGUCACACUGCCUUUUCAUACAUAUACAUUAUACAUACAUAUACAUUUACUCUGCUUUUGGUUACACCUUUGGAAAUCUGGUAUAAUUUGGACAUUCUACCGAAAAAGAAAAGUCCUUUCUUUCACUGUGGCAAGUGAUGCUUUCCUCUUUUGUGAGAUUCCUCAGCCAAUUGUCUCUUCUAAAGAGUAUGUUUGGGAUGGGAACUAUUUCCUAUCUAAAAGGAAUAACAACAAAUGCCACUCCAUGUUUGUGUGGAUAUGUGUUUAGUCAGGUGUAUUUAAUAUUUGUCAUAAAAGGGGCAUCUGUUUUCUUCCUUGCCUCAUCAGUCUUUAACCUGUAACUCAACAUCAGUCCAAGAAUGUGCAGCUGGGAAAGGAUUGUUCUCUCAGACCUGGCCUUGCAGUCACUUUAACAGAAAGAAGUUUUGUUAUUGACUUUGAAGAAAGCAGACAUUUGAAAAAGAAACUGUAAAAUGAUGCUAGUGGCUCAAAUGGCAGUGGCACUUACUGGCCCUUUUCAGUUUUUGCAGCAUUGCACAUUGAUGUAGUUUUUGUCUACAGUCAUUGCAAAAUUUGAAGGCUGACUGGAAAGUUUGUAGCUGGAAAGUUGGUUGGUGUUUUUAAGGCAAAUAUUAUCUACUAGAUAGGAUUAAUGGCAAAACAAAAAAUUUGGCUUCAGAUCAACUCAAGCAAGACUUUAAUUUUCCAGUCUUCACCUUAAUUUAAUAAGUAGCUCUUGCUAUUUGAAAACAGUUUUCAUUAGAAGCUAGACUGGGAUUAUUUUUUUUUAAUAUAGGUGAAAUUUUACUCAGCCAAGUAGGCUCACUGAACCUAUAGAUACUCUUUAUUUUGUACUAACACCAGAAAGUGUAAGUUUCACACUGGCAUGGUAGUCCAUGCCUAUUUUACGACUUGCUUUUCUCUAUAUUAAAAAGCAUAUCUUCUCUUACAAAGAACUGAAACCUUUGUAUUUCUCUGGAACUUUUUGUGUAAUAUAAAUGAGCAUACUCAGCUCUGAUUCCUGAAGUUUUGUACAGCUGCUGUCCCAUCACAGGCUUACUGACCCUGUGUAAAACACGUGCAUUUCUAUAUUCAGCAAACUCUCUUCUCUUUUUAUUAGUGUGGAUUGUAAUCCUUCACCCAAAGUUCUGCAAAUGAUGCUACACUCUCUCUGUGUUCACUUUUCAUCUUAUUAUUAUUUCUGUCUUAUCUGUUUGGUAUGUAUAUAUGUUUUGGUAAUCCUUGCCUUGAAGGAACCCCUUUUGUAUUCCACACCCCUAUUUGGUUUAUUAUUAAAUGCUUUUGCCAGUGAUGAUGAUUUAAUUCCUGGGAAAAGAAGAGUGAUAGAUGGUCCUCAUUCAUUAAGGCAAAAUAAAGAGGGGCCUUUGGUCAAUAC